AUGACUUCAUCGGUUCGUGGUGUCGAGUUCGAGUCAGUGCUCGUGCACUUAGUAUCAAACAGUUCGGUGUUAAAUAUCUCCGCCGUUGCGGGCCUAUCUAAAGAGAAAAUAAUGUCAAAUGUAACGAACAUAUUCCUGGUGAACCUGUCGGCAGCAGACCUGCUGGUGACCGGCAUUUGCAUGCCCAUCCAGCUCAGCAAAGCCAUCACCCUCGUGUGGUUCUACGGAGAGACUGUGUGCAAGAUAGUCAAUUACAUACAAGGAGUAGCAGUAGCAGCAAGUGUGUUCACCUUAACAACGAUGUCAGUAGACCGGUGGCUCUCCAUAUCCCCUGAGCCGAGGCUGCGCCCCCCCGGACGGAGGCAGGCGCUCUUUCUGCUCACCCUACUGUGGAUAGCAGCGCUAUUCAUCUUCAUACCCCUGGUGCUUGUUGCGAGUGUCAGGAAAGAGACGGUUCCUGUUAUAUCGAAGGGUAUACGGAAUCUAUCGAUAGAAUCAAGAGACGUGCACUUCUGCACGGAGGAAUGGCCCAGUCAGGACACAAGAAAGCAGUUUGGGACAUUCAGCUUCACAUUAGUAUACGCCAUACCUGGUUCAAUAACGAUCCUGUCGUAUGCGUGUAUGGGACGGACGCUGUGCUCCGUGCGACCGCCCUUCGACAUUGACGAGGGGAAUGUCAGUAUGCAACAGGGUCUAAGGCUGAUGAAGGAGAGAAAGCGAGUCGCGUGGAUCCUCCUUCUCCUGGCGGUUCUCUUCGCACUGUGCUGGAUGCCGUACAACAUCAUGCAGCUACUUCUGGACAUCGAUGCUCUCAAUACCAAGGACCUGAGCUUCUACUUGCCUUAUGCUCUAUUCAUAGGUCACGCCAACUCAGCCAUCAACCCUAUAGUGUACUGCCUGAUGACUCGCAACUUCCAAAGGUCGGUGAAGAAGUUACUAUGCGGUCGAGGGAUGUGCCAACAAACUAAGUUUACGUGGCGUUGCACACAGAAGCCCGAAGGUUCAUCCAGUGAUUAUGAACUCUAUCACGAACCUCAUAAAAGGUGCUAUUUGCAGAUGAAUGCCCUGCGCUACAACGGUCACACAUGCGGCGGACAGAUGGCGCGCGGCAUCGAGACUCGUGCGCACACGACGCAACUGAGCCACGUAACACGCUCCUCGCGCCGCACCGCGCCCGCGCAUGCGCUCUCCGUCGAGAUGCUACAGCGACACGGCCAUAUUGACUUCAAACGCUGA